GAGUUGGCGGUGACCCACGAACUUGAAAAAACAUCAGUGUACGGUCAGAGGGGCGCAGAAGAAAACAGGCCUUGUCAUAAUUUCGAAAUUAGUAGCUUCAGAGGUUCCUUUUUUUUUGGUUGUCCCUCACUGGCAUAAUGUCAUUGCUACAUUAUCUAAGUUAUGCUGCUAUACUUUCAGCGUUUGCGUUUAUGACACUUUCUCUCGCCAGCGGUUUAUUAUACAUUUCCGAGCUCAUAGAGGAGCACUCACGUCUCGCGAAAGUGGUUGGACAGCGGGGUAUCUAUGCAAUAAUGCUUCUCCACUUUAUAUUAUACUUCUCCGAAUCGCUACCCCUACCUCAAACAAUGUUCUCUGUUCUUUGUCACGUCGCGUACCUCCAAAAUUUCUCCUCUACAUGGCCUUUGAUAUCACUCACAUCUCUAUCUUUCGUCCUUUCGUGUAUACUUGCUAUCUCGGAUCACUUCGUCUGGUUUUUUCAUUUCGCUCGCAUUACUCAAGAAGCGAGGCAUUCAUCUCACAAGUACCGUGGGCCAACUGAACAUAUCUCCCUCGCGUUCUCUGACAUCGCGACAUUCUUCGCAAUAUGUGUAUGGCUUGCCCCAUUGUUUUUGUUCUUGAGUUUGAGCGCGAAUGAUAACGCUUUGCCCACAUCUUCAGGAAUGCCAAGUACUCCUACUUCUUUGAGACCAACCGCGCCACCCUCGCAUUCUUCGCUUUUUAAAUCGCUUUUCAGCAUACUCCCUGUGGGCUACAUAUCCAACUUACGCUUAAAAUCCAUGCGCAAAGAUACGUCGGAAGGUAUCAUUGCACCACAUUCUCCAAAUACUCAGCGGAGAGCUUCGUCACCAAUGCCAUCUUCCCCCAAUCCAGUGCAGUCAACAAUGUACGGUAAUAUACGUUCGAGGACGCCGCCACGAAGCGCGACAAUUCCACAAGACUUAGAUACCAGUUACCUUUCUCCUGAAAAUUUCCGACUAGGUUCGCCUCCCAAACGCUCUUCUGGUCCUCGAGUAAUCCGCAGAGCAACCGGUGAUGUUAUAGGGUUAGGAACGAGACGGGUGGCGAGCAGUGCUUUGCGUGCUAGUCCAGAUAUUUAGUUAGGUAUCAGUAGAAGGCAUUAGUAUCUUAAAUUUUGCAUACUCCCUUUCGCAUUCAUGGAUCAUAUGCAUAAACGAGUUUUGAUUCUGACUAGUCA